AUGAAGGUUUUGGUUACUGGUAUAACUGGAUUUGUUGGAUCGCAUAUAGCCAAAGGUUUCUUAGACCUCAAUUGGGAGGUCGUAGGAACCGUACGUUCAGCAACGAAGGGAGAGACUCUUCUGAAACAACCUACUUUCUCUGGUGCUGCUCAAGCUCAACAAUUACGCUACAUAGUUGUUGAUGAUCUGGCCACUUACGACUUUUCUACGAGAUUGCAAGAUGUCGAUGCAAUCGCCCACACCGCUAGUCCAUGUCACUUCACUGGUAAAAGCCUCGAUGAAUAUAUCACCCCGGCCGUCAAAGGCACAUCAAAUUUACUUAUGGCCGCAAGAGAUUCACCUACAGUAAAAGCCGUUGCCGUCACCUCUUCAUUUGGAGCUGUCUUGGACUUUCGUAAACCUGCACUCGAACAAAGUGGAAAAACUUACACGGAGGAUGAUUGGUUUACGGGUACUUAUGAGGAAGCAGCGGCUCAGAAUCGAGCAGGCUUCUGGUAUGCUACUUCAAAAACUUUAGCCGAAAGAGAAGCAUGGAGGAUCAAAGACCUCGAAGGAACAAAAUGGAGUCUUGCCACGAUCUGUCCGCCUUCAAUUUACGGCCCGGUAAUCCACACUUCAAACCCUGACGACAUGAAUGUCACUUCCCGUAGACUUUAUAACAUUUUCUUUGGAAAUAUCAAAGAUGUCAUCAAGACAGAUUUCCCAGCAUUUAUAGAUGUUCGAGAUGUGGCGGACGCUCAUAUAAAAGCUAUACUUCAAAGAACCACAGAUAGAUUUUUGACCUCUGCCGCAUUAUAUGAUUUUCAAAAGGUGUCUGAUUUUGUACAUGAGAAAUUUGGUGAAGAAGCAAAACGAGCUCCAAUAGGUCAACCUCAUCAUUAUUUAAAACCUCAACAAGUUUAUUUGUUGGAUUCUUCAAAGGUUGUUAAUGUCUUGGGUUUAUCGAUGAGAUCCUUUAAAGAAACUAUUAGUGAUACUUUUAAGAAUUACUUACAAAUUAAUAAAGAUUUGACAUCAAGUAGAUCUUGA